AUGGACGCCUGGGUCCGCUUCAGUGCUCAGAGCCAGGCCCGGGAGCGGCUUUGUAGGGCUGCCCAGUAUGCUUGCUCUCUCCUUGGUCAUGCACUGCAGAGACGUGGGGCCAGUCCUGAGUUACAGAAACAGAUUCGACAAUUGGAGGGUCAUUUGAGCCUUGGAAGAAAGCUUCUACGCCUGGGUAACUCAGCAGAUGCCCUUGAGUCAGCCAAACGAGCUGUGCACCUCUCAGAUGUUGUCCUGAGAUUCUGCAUCACUGUUAGUCACCUCAAUAGAGCCUUGUACUUCGCCUGUGACAAUGUCCUAUGGGCUGGAAAGUCUGGACUGGCUCCCCGUGUGGAUCAGGAGAAGUGGGCCCAGCGUUCAUUCAGGUACUAUCUCUUUUCCCUCAUUAUGAAUUUGAGCCGGGAUGCCUAUGAGAUUCGCCUACUGAUGGAACAAGAGUCUUCAGCUUGUAGCCGGCGGCUGAAGGGUUCCGGGGGAGGAGUCCUAGAAGGAAUUGAAACUGGGGUUCCUGGAGGAUCAGGGACUCCAGGAGGAGGCCUACCCCAACUGGCUCUGAAGUUUCGGCUGCGAGUCCUGCUCCUGGCUCGAGUCCUUCGAGGUCAUCCCCCGCUUCUGCUGGAUGUGGUCAGAAAUGCCUGUGAUCUCUUCAUUCCACUGGACAAACUGGGCCUGUGGCGCUGUGGCCCUGGUAUUGUUGGGCUUUGUGGCCUCGUGUCCUCUAUCCUGUCUAUUCUCACCCUAAUCUGCCCCUGGCUGCGACUCAAGCCCUGACGUUCUGAUGUAGGAUAAGGAGGGGACCUGAAUUGGUGAGGUGGCAUCUUAGAUCACCCCUGAGGUACCAGCCUUGUUCUAACUCUCCCCCUUGGUUGAAGUUCAAAUCCAGAGAUUUGGAGGUAGAGGGAGAAGCUUUGGGGAUCAUGAGGUCAGGAGAGGAAAGGUAACUCUUGAAGUCAAUAGGAUGAUUCU